AUGUCAGAAAUACCAUCUUGCAAACCCCGCGUCAUCCUCGGCUUGAUGACAUUCGGGCCAGACCCCAGCCUAGGUGCCCGCAUCACCUCCCUUGACGAAUUCGGCGAAUGCCUAGACUACCUGAAGUCAUCCGGUUACUCCGAAGUCGACACAGCACGCAUGUAUCUCGGUGAGAAGCAGGAAGAAUUCACCGCCGCAGUUGGUUGGAAAGAACGUGGCCUAAGCCUCGCAACGAAAGUCUACCCAACCAAACCAGGCAUCCACAAGCCUGCUCAGCUGCGCGAGAAAUUCAACGAAUCUCUUGUCGCGCUGAAGACAGACCAGGUGGACAUUUUCUACUUGCAUGCUGCUGAUCGAUCUGUACCCUUCGCCGAGACCCUGGAGGAAGUGAAUAAGCUCUAUCAGGAGGGUAAAUUCAAGCAGUUGGGUCUUAGCAAUUAUACCUCAUUCGAGGUUGCAGAGAUUGUCAUCCUAUGCACGGAGAGAGGUUGGGUUCGUCCGACGAUUUAUCAAGCCAUGUACAACGCUAUCACGCGAAACAUCGAGACAGAGCUCAUCCCCUGUUGCCGGCGUUACGGACUCGAAAUCGUUGUCUACAACCCUCUCGCCGGUGGUGUUCUCUCAGGAAGAUACAACGCAGACGCCGUGUCACAGGCACCGACUGAAGGCCGAUUCAGCGACAAGAACACCACAGGCGCCUUGUACAGAAAGCGCUAUAUGAACCAACCGGUUCUCGACGCCGUCAAUCUGAUCAGUCAAGUCGCCGCAAAAUAUAACCUGACAUUGCCGGAAAUUGCUUUCCGUUGGCUGAAUCACCACUCGCAGCUGCGGUUGGGUAAGGACGGUAUUCUGAUUGGCGUUAGUAGCAUCCAACAGCUUCAUUCGAAUAUUGAUGCUACGCAGAAGGGUGCUUUGCCGCAGGAGGUGGUGAAUGUCCUUGACGAGGCUUGGGUGUGUGUUAAAGCUACGUCGGCUGAUUAUUGGCAUCUUGAUUUGAAGUAUACGUAUGAUACUGAGGCAGCGUUGUUCAAGUAG